AGAUCCGAUGAUUUUUAUGUUGAGAGGGGAUGGAUUGUUGAUGAAAGUGCGAAUUUGUCCAUUGGGAAGCAAUCACACCUGCGGGAGACCAACUUCAAAGGCCACUUGUCGUGGGUUCGAACGUGGUGGGAGAGAGACUGUUAUUGAUUGAAGAAGAAGAAGAAGAAGCAGCCUACCCAGUUUGUGGUUUUUGAGUGAGAUGUAUCUGAAGCUUUUACUGGAAUUGAAGGAUUUCAAACGUUGAAGCAGAGAAGAAUCACCAUGAGAACUGGUCUAAGUACAAUCCAACAAACACUGACCCCUGAAGUGGUCAGCGUUCUGAACUACUCAAUCACCGAAGCAGCUCGUCGAAAUCACGGCCAAACCACACCACUCCAUGUCGCUGCAACCCUUUUGGCCUCCCAGUCUGGCUACCUUAGACAAGCCUGUGUUCGAUCUCACCCAAACUCAUCACACCCACUUCAAUGUAGAGCACUCGAGCUCUGCUUCAGUGUCGCUCUCGAGCGACUAUCUUCAGCCCAGAACCUCUCUUCUGGUAUUGACCCUCCAAUUUCCAAUGCUCUCAUGGCUGCUCUCAAGCGUGCACAAGCCCAUCAACGCAGAGGCCACCCGGUGCAGCAACAGCAACCUCUUUUAGCCGUAAAGGUUGAGCUCGAGCAGUUCAUUGUAUCGAUCCUUGAUGACCCAAGUGUGAGUCGAAUCAUGCGAGAGGCUAGCUUCUCUAGCCCUGCUGUAAAGGCUGCCAUUGAACAGUCUCUGAAUGCUUCAACCUCCAUUAAUUCAUCCACACUUGGCGGCGGAUUGGGGUUCUGCUCAGCACAGGCGGCGAAUAGGAAUAUUUAUCUGAAUCCCAGGUUGCAGCAGCAGGGGAGUUCACCUCGAUAUGGGCAGCAGAGAAGCGAAGAGUUGAAGAGGGCUAUUGAUAUUCUAUUGAGGGCUAAGAAGAGGAACCCAGUUUUUGUUGGUGAAUCUGAACUUGAAGCUGUUGUGAGAGAGCUGCUGCAGACGAUUGAGAGGAGAGAGGUCGGUGAUGGGCCUCUCAGGAAUGUUCAAGUUAUUUCUUUGGAUAAGGAAUUUGGUUCUGAUAGAGCUCAGAUCCCUAUGAAGCUCAAGGAGUUGGAAGUUUUGGUGGAGACUCGAAUCACUAAUAGCUGCAGCAGCAGAGGUGAUGGUGUGAUUCUUGAUUUGGGCGACUUGAAAUGGCUUGUGCAGCAGCCGUGUUUUGGUGUUCAGGAUUCUGUGCAGAUUCAGAAACACAUUGUAUUAGAAACAGGGAGGGUUGCAGUUGCAGAGAUGGCUAAGCUGUUGGGUAGAUUCAAUGAGAGCUGUGGUGGCCGGUUGUGGUUAAUUGGAACAGCGACCUGUGAGACUUAUCUGAGGUGCCAGGUUUAUCAUCCUUCAAUGGAGAAUGACUGGGAUCUGCAGGCUGUUCCAAUUACAGCGAGACAUCCUCAUCCAGACUUGUUUCCAAGGCUUGGAGGCAAUGGGAUUUUGAGCAGGUCAGUUGAGUCUCUCACCCCAGUGAAAAGCUUCCCAACUGCACCACCUGCUCUUCCAAGUUACCGGUCUGAAAACUUCGACCCUGCUCGAAGGACGAGCUGUUGUCCACUAUGUAUGGAGAAUUAUGAGCAAGAGCUAGCGAAACUUGUAGCAAAGGAGUUUGAGAAAUCCUCCUCUGAUACCAAAGCAGGAGCUAAGUCACCGUUACCACCGUGGUUACAGAUGGCAAAGCCGAACAUUGUCAAGGAUCAAGUGCAGGCCAACGAUCAAGAACUGAUAUGGAAGCAGAAAACUCAAGAAUUGCAAAAGAAAUGGAAUGAUACUUGCUUGCAUCUUCACCCCAAUUUCCAUCAAACUUUCAGCUCUGAUAGAAUUGCUGCAUCUUCCCACUCAAUGACAUCCUCGUACAAUUCAAACCUGUUCCCACGACAACCUUUCCAACCCAGGUUAUCACUGACCAGAAAUCUUGAAGGAACAAUGCCUAUGAACCAGAUUCAACUAUUGAAUCAACAUUCGGAACGGGUUGUAACUCCACCGGGAAGCCCUGUAUGGACAGAACUUGUUCUUGGGCGGCCAAAGAUAUCUGAGAAUUCACCAGAGAUGGACCACAUUGAGCGCAUCAAAGACUUUGGUGGCUGCAUCUCUUCACAAAAUCUAGAGAAUUUCACAGAAUGGCAGGAUGACAAAUCAAUUAGCCCAUUGGAUGCUGAUUCAUUCAAGAGGCUUUUUAAGGGUCUAACAGAGAGAGUUGGGUGGCAGCUGGAGGCAGCAUCUGCGGUGGCUGCAACUGUAACCCAGUGCAAAUCCCACAACAGAAAACAGAAUGGUAUUGGGGCGAGGGGAGAGACAUGGUUAUUGUUUGUGGGUCCAGAUAGGGUUGGCAAGAAGAAGAUGGCAUUAGCCCUCUCGGAGUUGGUAUGGGGUUCCAAUCCAGUCACUAUCCAUAGCAGUUCAAGGUCUAAUGACGACGAGGAAUCGGAUAAGAAAUUCCGUGGGAUGACAGUGUUGGAUCGAAUAGCAGAAACUGUAAGGAGGAACCCCUUCUCUGUAAUUGUGCUUGAAGACAUCGAUCGAGCAGAUAUGCUUGUCCAUGGGGGCAUCAAACAGGCAAUGGAAGGAGGUCGGCUUGCAGAUUCCCAUGGCCGUGAAGUCAGUCUUGGGAAUACAAUUUUCAUCCUGAUGGCCAGUUGGUUGCCGGAAAAUCUCAAGAACUUGUCAAAUUAUCUUCCAAUUGAUGAGGAGAAGCUUGUGUCUGUGGUUGGUAAUGAUUGGCAGUUAAAAUUGUGUGUGUACAUGAAAAGUAGCAAGCGACAGGUCAAUUGGCUGCAUGAUGACCGGAUUACAAAGCCCAGGAAAGAUUCAGGGCCAGGUCUAUCAUUUGAUUUGAAUGAAGCAGCUGAUGCUGAAGAUGAUGGAGAAGAGGGGUCACACAAUUCAAGUGACCUUACAGUUGAGCAUGAACAUGAAAACAACCUUGUGAAUGUGCAGUCUUCCACAACACUGGCUUCACAUGAGCUGUGCUCUUCCACAACACCAUUGUCGUAUGAGCUACUCAAUUUCGCAAACGAAACUAUUGCCUUCAAAUCUGUUGACUUUGGCCUUAUACGGAGAAAAGCUGCCAGCACCAUUGCCUCACAAUUUGCAGCUAUUGUUGGGGAUAAGUGGUCAAUUGAACUGGAUUCUGAGACACUAGAGAAGAUUGUGGGUGGUGUUUGGUUCAGCCAGACUGAAGUGGUGGAUUGGGCAGAUAAGGUUUUAGCACCAAGCUUUCACAAACUGAAAGCUAGCCUAUCUUCAGCUGCAAUUUCCAAAGACAAUGCUGUUAUUCGGCUUCUCUGGGUUAGGGACUCGGAGAGAAGACAAAGUGAGGAUUGGUUGCCUGGUAAGACCACAGUGGUUGUCGACAGGCUAUGAAGAUCAAGGGAUGCAACCAGAAACUCCACAUUUUGUGGGGUUAGAGAUGUAAAUUUAGUCAACCAGUAUAGAGAAAAAUUGCAACAUUAGGGAAGGGGGGUUUAAAGAAAUAGUUAAUUAAUAGAAGAAGAUUGGAGUUGGGAUGGUUAUAGAAUCUUUUACAGCCAGGGGAUGCCUUAAUUUUAUUAUUUUACUUUGUUUUGCUUCUGCCAUUUCUAAUUAUUCAUAUUAAUUACAUGGACAAUACAAUGAUCAAUAAGAUGAGGCACCACCUCUACAUUUUUCUUA